AUGUCUACCAUUUUGCGCAAUGUUCGCUCAGCGUUAACUAUAGUUAAAACAUGCCUUCAUUGGGCUGCAAAACAUGGAAAUGAGAAUAUAAUCAAACUAAUUGCGGGAAGUUACAAAGCAGAUGUAAACAGUCGCACGUAUUUGCAAAAUGUUGUAAUGAAUGAUUUCGUAAUAAUAGCUUGGAGACUUCAAACUUUAAGGAAGCGAGUAAAAUUUAAAUUAAACAGAAAUUGUCAUAUUAAAACAGAAUUUUUACGAGGUGAUGUAACACCUACGAGUAUGAGAAUUGGGAAAAGGAUACUUAUAAACAACGUGCAAAAAAAUCCAAUAAAAAUUGGAAACAUACAAAUAAAAUGA